AUGCCAAAGAGCAACAAACAGUAUAAUGUUAAACUCAUUGAUGAACUUUACAACCAGAUUCCCGCGUUCACUGACUUGUUUGACGAAGAGACAUGGUACAUGUUUGUCGGGUGUUUUGUGGCGACUACCAUUGUAGUUGUCUUUAUUAUGUCUAGAUUUAUAACCAUAAAACCAGUUGAAUGGUAGUUUUGAACAAUUUCAAUUUACUUCCUCCCAAAAAGUUGCUUAAAAAGUAGACUAGUACAGCUUAAGUGUGUUUAUUAUCACUACACUUAAAUGUGUGCAUUGUUUUGUGUUUCUUAAAAAAAACUUUUUUAAAUGUGAAUUAAAGAAGGAUUGAAUCUUAGAGUUAAGACUUUUUUAUUAUUGGUUACAUUACAAAUAGUGAAAAAUGGAAUUUUAACAUAUAUCCUAUGGUAUGAAUGUUAAAUUAUCUUGUUGCGGAAUGUAAUGUGUACUAGAACAAUAUAAAUCAUGCGAUGUUUACCUCUUUUCCAAACAAUGCAUUUUGUGUAAGGUUGGCGUUAUGCUAAUAUAGUGCAAAGUUAGUGAAUUAAAA